AUGUCAAAAUCCUGGACGGCAACCUUGAGGCUACCCAAGUCCACAUUCCCGCCGAGACCGCUACCCCAGCUUCGGGACCAGUACAUAAAACGAUCCGCCGACGAGUUAUACGAAUGGCAGAAAGCCAACAGGCCAUCCGAUGACACUUUCGUGCUGCAUGAUGGCCCGCCAUACGCCAAUGGCAGCCUGCACGUUGGCCAUGCCUUGAACAAGGUCCUCAAGGACAUGAUCCUGCGCGUCAAAGUCCAGCAGGGCCGCCGCGUCGAUUACGUGCCGGGAUGGGACUGCCACGGCCUGCCCAUCGAGCUCAAAGCCCUGGAGAGCAGCUCCGCAGAUUAUAAGAGGCUUACGCCCAUCGAGAUCCGCAAGUCGGCCCGCAAUCUAGCUUCGAACACGGUGCUCAAGCAGAUGAAGAGCUUCAGGUCCUACGGCGUCAUGGGCGAUUGGGAACGGAGGUGGACGACUAUGGACGCUGCUUUUGAGCUGAGACAGCUGCGUCUUUUCCAAAAGAUGGCGAAGAAGGGUUUGAUCUACCGGAGAUAUAAACCCGUGUACUGGUCUCCAUCGUCGAAAACGGCCUUGGCUGAGGCCGAACUGGAAUACAAGGAUGACCAUAUCUCUAAAGCAGCCUGGGUCAGGUUUCCCAUUAACGAGACAUGGCAGGGUGUUGAGGGGCUUCGAGAGGCAAAGGAGCACCUCUCUGGCAAGCUUUACGCCCUUAUUUGGACAACCACACCCUGGACCCUGCCAGCAAACCAGGCCAUUGCAGUGCACGACGAUAUGACAUACUCUAUUCUUACAAACGGCUCUGAUGGUUACAUUGUUGCAGAUAGUCGCGUCGAGAUGGUUCAGGGUCUAUUGUCGGAUCGCAAACUUUCAGUAGCAUGUAGUGGCAUUUCUGGCAGCACCAUAGAGGGCCUCGAGUACCGCCACGUUUUGAAGGGCGACGUAGCGCCGCUGCAGCCUAUCAUUCAUGCGGACUUUGUCUCUGCGGACUCGGGUUCCGGUAUGGUACAUCUAGCACCGGGACACGGCUUCGACGAUUACGAAGUGUGUCGGUUAUUGGAACUGCCUGUUACCGCACCUAUCGACGAUGAAGGCAAAUUUACUGCGGAAGCACUUCCUGGUAGCUCAGUUCUCAUGUCAGCGCCAUCCAUCAUUGAAGGUGGUGGUCAAUCUAUCGUCGACCUGCUUGGCGAGGAUAUACUGCAUGUUGAGGAGUACAAACACAAAUAUCCCUAUGAUUGGCGGACCAAAAAACCCGUCGUCAUCAGGGCGACCGAGCAGUGGUUCGCAGAUGUAUCCCAUAUAAGAGAUGAUGCUCUCACGGCUCUGGAAGCAGUGCGCUUCACUCCAGAAUCAGGCAAGAAGCGCCUGGAAAGCUUCGUCAAAGGGAGAAGUGAAUGGUGCAUCUCGAGGCAACGUGCUUGGGGCGUUCCUAUCCCUGCCUUGUACGAUAAGAAUGGUGCCGCGAUUGUCACGGAAGAGACAGUCGAGCAUAUACUUUCCGUCAUGCGGGAGAGAGGCACCAGUGCGUGGUGGUCAGAUGCUCCGGACGAUGCCGCCUGGAUUCCUGCUGGACUUGAGGGCGAAUACCGUCGUGGCACCGAUACUAUGGAUGUCUGGUUUGACAGUGGCAGCAGCUGGAGCAUGAUGUCUGGCCAAGCAGACGUCUACCUCGAGGGCUCUGACCAACACAGAGGCUGGUUUCAAUCUAGCUUGUUGACUCGGAUCGCGGCUGGAGUCGAAGACUGCAUGAAGGGAGCUCCGUUCAAACAACUGAUUACACAUGGUUUCACUCUGGACCAGGAGGGCAAGAAGAUGUCAAAAUCACUGGGCAACAUCAUGGAGCCACAUCAAGUCAUGGAUGGGUCUUUGUUACCUCCCAUGAAGCGCAAGGGCAAAGCCGCCAAGGGACCACCAUCUUUCGAUGCUUUAGGUCCGGACGCUCUGCGGCUGUGGGUUGCUAGUAGCGAUUAUACGAGGGAUGUUGCCAUCGGUGUCACGGUUCUGCAAGCCAUCCACACGGCAUUGAUCAAAUAUCGUACCAUUGCGAAGAUGUUACUGGGUUCCAUGCACCAAUCAGCUCGUACGGCUCCCUUGACUACCACUGAUCACAUUGCUCUUAUUCAACUGCAAAACACUAUGGAGGAAGUUGGGAAAGCAUUCGACAAUCACGAGUUCUACAAGGGCUUCAAUGCCUUGAACCGGUGGAUUACAAACGACCUUUCAGCUUUCUAUGUGGAGGCUUCCAAGGAUCGGCUGUACUGUGGUGAUGGUGGCGGCGUCUUGGAACCUAUCUUUGAUGGGUUCAUGAGAAUGCUUGCGCCAAUGACUCCAUCGCUCGUAGAGGAAGCUUGGGAUCAUCGGCCCGAGUGGAUGAAAGAGGAUGCCUCCAUCAUCCAUCCACUUCGUCAACUAUACAGCGAUCCCACCAUCGAUCCUAGCCGUAUUACCAUGGACCUUGACGUCCUUCGCCGUGAUAUUCCAUGGCUGAUGGAUGUUCAUGGCGCCAUCAAGUCGGGCUUAGAAAAGGCACGAAACGACAAGGCGCUUGGAUCUUCGCUGCAGAGCUCCGUGAUUGUGACGACCUCCCACACCGCUCUUACCGAGGUCCUUACGAGGCAUGCUCAUGAACUAGACGCUAUGUUUGUCGUCUCAUCCAUAGAGCUCAAUGCGCCGUUGCCCACGUCUCCCGAGUGGUCGUACACUCUGGACUUCGAGCUCGGCACUAUUACGAUCCUACCGCCGAAGGAAGCCAAGUGUCCUCGCUGCUGGCGCUACGUCGCACCUGCUGAAGACGUGCUGUGCGGGCGCUGCGAGGAUGCCGUCGAUGAUUUGUAA